GGAGGGGGCCACAGAACGUCCGAGGAGCCCUCGGCCUGGAGUGUGGGCGAGUGGUCCUUCCCCUCCCCUCCCCAGCGGGACAAAGACCCGGCCUUCCCCAUUCUUCCUGCCAUCGGCAGGCUCACUUGGUGGCAGAGGGGCCGCGGGGGCCGCGGAGAGACGCCCCCCUCCGCAACCCCCGUCCUCGGUGCGCCUCCCACUCCUCCGGACCCGGUGGCACAACUCUGGUGCCAGGAUGACCGAGCGCUUCGACUGCCACCACUGCGAGGACUCCCUCUUCGGCAGGAAGUACAUCCUGCGGGAGGAGCGGCCCUACUGCGUGGCCUGCUUCGAGGCCCUCUUCGCCAGCACAUGCGAGGAGUGCGGGAAGCUGAUUGGCUGCGACUGCAAGGACUUGUCCUACAAGGACCGACACUGGCACGAGGCCUGUUUCCACUGCUCGCGGUGCAGGGGGUCCCUUGUGGACAAGCCGUUUGCUGCCAAGGAGGACCAGCUGCUCUGCACCGACUGCUACUCGCAGGAGUACUCGUCCCGCUGCCAGGAGUGCAAGAAGAGCAUCAUGCCAGGCACCCGUAAGAUGGAGUACAAGGGUAGCAGCUGGCAUGAGACCUGCUUCAUCUGCCGCCGCUGCCAGCAGCCCAUCGGGACCAAGAGCUUCAUCCCGAAGGACGGCCAGAGCUUCUGCGUGCCCUGCUAUGAAAGGCAGUAUGCCUUGCAGUGCGUUCAGUGCAAAAAGCCCAUCACCAGCGGGGGCGUCACGUACCGGGAGCAGCCCUGGCACCGCGAGUGCUUCGUGUGCACCGCCUGCAAGAAGCCUCUGUCCGGCCAGCGCUUCACGUCCCGCGACGAGUUCGCCUACUGCCUGGGCUGCUUCUGCGACCUGUACGCCAAGAAGUGCGCCGGCUGCGCCAGCCCCAUCAGCGGACUGGGCGGCACGAAGUACAUCUCCUUCGAGGAGCGGCAGUGGCACAACGACUGCUUUAACUGCAAGAAGUGCUCGCUGUCGCUGGUGGGGCGAGGCUUCCUCACGGAGAGGGACGACAUCCUGUGCCCUGACUGCGGGAAGGACAUCUGAGCCCCUCCCCGACCCCCCUGCAGCCCCCCCAAGCUCUGCUCACGCUGCACCUGGCUCCACCAGCCACCUGGGGACUUGCUCCGCGCUGCUCAGCGCUACUCACGUCUGUUUAAACCCUUCAUCUACCCUUUGCGCUCA